UUCCAGUUACGUAGUACGCCACAGCAACGAGCUUGGUUGUGAAUCCCCGGUAGAAGCGCGCAGAGCACAGUACUGGCAGACGUGACAGAAUUCGAAGGAAGAUGGAGCGCCGAGACAUAGACUUCAAUAUACUGCUAGCAACCGAUUCGUACAAGGUCACACAUUACAAGCAGUACCCACCCAACACCAGCAAAGUCUACUCGUACUUCGAGUGUCGCGAGAAUAAGACGGACGCCACCAGGAACCGGAAAGUCAAAUAUGACAAAACGGUUUUCUACGGCCUGCAGUACAUCCUUCACAAAUACCUGAAAGGGAAGGUGGUGACCCCAGAGAAGAUUCAGGAGGCCAAGGAGGUGUACCGCGAGCACUUCCAGGAUGACGUCUUCAACGAGAGAGGCUGGACUUACAUCCUGGAGAGGCACGAGGGACGGCUCCCUAUUGAGAUCAAGGCCGUACCGGAGGGCAGCGUGAUCCCGCGAGGAAACGUCCUCUUCACCGUGGAGAGCACCGACCCAGAAUGCUACUGGCUCACCAACUGGGUGGAGACCAUUCUGGUCCAGACCUGGUACCCCAUCACCGUGGCGACCAACUCACGGGAGCAGAAGAAGAUUCUUGCCAAGUACCUGCUGGAGACGUCCGGGCAGCUGGAGGGGCUGGAGUACAAACUGCACGACUUCGGCUACAGAGGCGUGUCCUCACAGGAGACUGCAGGUAUCGGGGCCUCUGCACACCUGGUGAACUUCAAAGGCACAGACACGGUGGCCGGGAUCUGCGUCAUAAAGAAAUACUACGGCACCAAGGACCCUGUGCCCGGAUUCUCUGUGCCAGCUGCAGAGCACAGUACAAUCACUGCCUGGGGGAAGGACCAUGAGAAGGACGCCUUUGAGCACAUCAUCAAGCAGUUCCCCUCCGUCCCCGUGUCCAUCGUCAGCGACAGCUACGACAUCUACAACGCCUGCGAGAAGAUCUGGGGCGAGGACCUGAGGAGCCUUGUGGAGGCCCGCAGCGCCCAGGCCCCUCUGGUGGUCCGGCCCGACUCGGGGAACCCCCUGGACACGGUCCUGAAGGUCCUGGAGAUUUUGGGGAAGAAGUUCCCCCCAGAGGAGAACAGCAAGGGGUACAAGGUUCUGCCCCCCUACAUCCGGGUCAUCCAGGGCGACGGUGUGGACAUCAACACCCUGCAGGAGAUUGUGGAGGGGAUGAAGCAGCACAGGUGGAGCAUCGAGAACAUCGCGUUCGGGUCGGGUGGGGCGCUGCUGCAGAAGCUGACCCGGGACCUCCUCAACUGCUCCUUCAAAUGCAGCUACGUGGUGACCAAUGGCUUAGGGGUGAACGUUUUCAAAGACCCGGUGGCAGACCCUAACAAAAGGUCAAAGAAAGGUCGGCUGUCGCUGCACAGAACGCCGAGCGGAGAGUUUGUCACCCUGGAGGAGGGAAGGGGGGACCUGGAGGAGUACGGUGCGGACCUGCUGCACACGGUGUUCAGGAAUGGCGAUAUUCUGAAGGCGUACUCCUUUGACGAGGUCAGAGACAAUGCCAGCCUGAAGAAGUGUGAGCUGGAGGAGCUUCUUCAGUGACCACGCCCCCAAACCCUGUACCCCCAAAACCCUGGAAUACCCCCCCCUCCCCCCUCCCCUCCCUGAAGGCACUAUUCUCCAGAGGGGUGGAGAUUGAAACCCCUGCGCACGUCCCGACCCGGGCCAAAUCGCUCGGGACAGUUUUCACGAGGGUACAAAUGCACUGCUUUUUGUGUACAGAGCUGUUGUAUGUUUCAGAUUCCAGAGUAUAACGUGCUUUGUUGUGUACUUGUUUAUGAUGGGGCAAAUGUCAAGUUAUUAAUCAAUUACAUGAUUUAAACUACUGUAUUUAAAGCAACACCUUUGUGUUCACCACACACCUAUUUUAUGGGGGGUAGGGGGAGAGAAAUGAGGCAGAAGUGUACAUUUUUUUAAACCAGAGUAAGAACAGCACUGUUCACCACUGCAGCUAGUCUGCUGGGUUCCCUUAUUUGGGCCUGUUUGUCCCUUAGCAGUAAAAUAAAAGGUAUGGUUGUAACUUUUAAGAGAGUCCCACACAGUUAGCUAAUCGGUGAGUCGGUACAGGACGAGUCCUUUUUGGCCAGUUUAGUUGCAGUAGAAAAUUGUUUGGCUCUAGAAAGUAAAAAUACUUAAGUGUGGCUGAGUGUGAGUUUUGUGUGAAGCUAAAUUCCUUACUGGGGGUCUGCAUAUCCUUUAUGUAAAUGAUUGUUUAUUAGGGGAAGCACACUGAUUUUCCUGCAAAUUGUUCGCCUUCUGUUUUAAAAAGUGGACAUUUUCCCCUAAUGCCAAACACUGAUUAUGAGAAGGUCAGUGCUCUGGAGGCUACCAGCUGCUGGAAGUCUUUAUAGGAAUAGAUCAGCUGUAGCCAUGGAAACGGGAACAGCUGCUUUUUGUACAAAUUUGUUUAUGCUUCUUUAAUUUGGAAAAACCGGCUGCGUUAGAGUGUGCCUGUUUUUUCAAAUUAUUCAGGAAAAACUGGAUUCAUUUUACUGGCGUUUGAUUUUAUAGUUUUGCUAAUUAACAUCACAGUAAAAUGAAACUCUUAAGAGUACAUACAAGUCCAGUGGGAACCAUGAGUACGAGUUGAUUAAACAUUUUACUGCGGUUGGUUCCAUAUUUAGACAUCAUUGUUCUAAUGACAAAGGUCAUAGGUAUCCGUGGAUAUUUUUCUUUAUGUGGCCUAAUUUCUCUCUUGAUUUUAACAACAGACGUGAUGUGAACUGCCAGGUCAGCAAGAAACAGAUUUUAUUUUAUUUUUUUGUUGUUGUCAAAACUCAUUUUAUAUAAUAUCUAGUUAUGUGUACAAUACUGUGUGAAUGUGAGUUGAUUGAUAAUGCUUAUGAGGAUUUUAUAUGUACCUAUUUUUUGCUUCCCGAAUGAUGUUUUGAAAAAGGCUAAUAUUGUGUGAAAUUGUCAGAUUGUCAAAAUGAUCAAUGUCCAUUUGGAAAAAUGCAUUCCCUUUUUAGAUGCUCUGAUUUUUAUUUUUUUUUUAAACUUCGACAUUUGUCCAUCUUGUUCUACUAUAUUUAAUCUGAUAGUGACAUUUUUAAGAACAUGUGCUAGACAUGUAUGUGUGACCGUUUAAAUAAAAAAGCACUAUCAAUCAGA